CUGAGCACCGACAGAGUGCCUGGCACGGGGCUCCACCACCCUCUCAGCCAUCAGGGAUUUCAAACCUGGGCACCACACCAGACAGAGCAUGGCCAUUGCUCCAGCCAAGGCACAAAUGAGGAAGAGAUUCUGAUAGGGAGGUCAGGGAAGGCCGACUAGAGGUGGAGGCAAGAACAGGUGUGCAGGGUAGCCCUCUUUUCAGCCUCCUGCAGCUGGAGGAGGCACACCCCGGCCCUGUCAGGGCUGCAUGCCCCACCCUGCCCUCUGCCCAGCAGGCUCCCACCCUAGGCUCUCAAGCCAGCCACAGGGACUUGCAUCCCCCAGAAAGCAAUGCCACUCAGCCUCUUACCCCAUCCCCACACUUACCCAAUCUUAAGCCACUUACCCCAUCCCCCCAUGAGGAAUGGAAGGAAGAGGCUGUGUUCUCCUGUGGAGCUUGGACAUCUGCACAUAAAGGGGCCGGCGCAGCUCCGGGCAGUGGCCUCGGAGUUCAGCCUCAUCUCCCCCAGGGAAACAGCUGCUUGGGAGCCUCCCGGGGCCCCCAAGACACUCACCUUUUCCUAGAUGCUAGACUUGCGGGGAGCAGAGGGACCCUCUGGCGAUGAGCAGGGCUUCUAGAGCUAAUUCGCUCUCUGUCUUUCUCACACACACGCGCGCGCACGCACGCGCGCACACACACACACACACACACACACACACACACACACACACCCUGGCUGAUUUUACAGUCAAUCUUUCAAAGUGCAAUUUGUCUAGGAAAAGCCAAUGUGAGGCCCGUGUGUGCCCCGACCAAUGGUGGUGCGGCUCCGGCGGCUCAGCCAGUCUCGGGCCUGUAUUCUAAUGGGCCGUAUCUUUAUCAGGGAAAUGUUCCUUCUCUGAACUUAAAACUUCUCAUGUAGGGUCCCCAGACUCAGAGGCAGAAAGGGGGUCUGAGCUGAGGCGUAGGGGGCCACCUAGUCCAGCCAGGGCAAGGAGAGAGGCCAGGAGCCCUGGGGAGGCCUCCCACCUGCCCCGAGCACCUGACUUCCGAGCAGCUGACCGGGUGCCGGUGCCUGGGCCAGGGCCUGGCCGAGGCCUUAGGUGGGAGGCAGUCAGGGGCUCAGAGUUGGUCCUGACCCUCCAGGCCUGCCAUGAGAUUUAGGGCUAGAGUGUGGGCUCUUGGGUUUUAGGGGCCUGGAGAAGCCUUCCCUGUCCUGACUGGGAGAUCAUGGAGUCCAACCUGCAGGGGACCUUCCUGCUGAACAACACGCCGCUGGCUCAGUUUCCGGAGAUGAAGGCCCCUGUGUGCCAGUAUUCAGUGCAGAACUCCUUCUACAAGCUCAGCCCCCCGGGGCUGGGCCCCCAGCUGGCGGCGGGGACCCCCCACGGGAUCACGGACAUCCUGAGCAGGCCCGUGGCUGCACCGAACAGCAGCCUCCUCUCCGGCUACUCCCACGUGGCAGGCUUCGGGGGGCUCAGCUCGCAAGGGGUCUACUACAGCCCCCAGGUAGGAAAUUUUUCCAAGGCUGGAAACGAGUACCCCACCCGGACCCGGAACUGCUGGGCGGACACCGGCCAGGACUGGCGAGGCAGUCGGCAGUGCAGCAACACCCCAGAUCCCCUAAGUGACAGCAUACACAAGAAGAAGCACACCCGGCCCACCUUCACGGGGCACCAGAUCUUUGCCCUGGAGAAAACCUUUGAGCAGACCAAGUACUUGGCUGGCCCUGAGAGGGCGCGGCUGGCAUACUCCCUGGGCAUGACUGAAUCGCAGGUCAAGGUGUGGUUCCAGAACCGCAGGACCAAGUGGCGGAAGAAGAGCGCCCUGGAACCCUCGUCCUCCACGCCCCGGGCCCCGGGCGGCGCGGGCGCGGGCGCAGGCGGGGACCGCGCACCCUCGGAGAACGAGGACGACGAGUACAACAAGCCGCUGGACCCUGACUCGGACGACGAGAAGAUCCGCCUGCUGCUGCGCAAGCACCGCGCCGCCUUCUCGGUGCUCAGCCUGGGAGCGCACAGCGUCUGACGCCCGCCGUCCAGGCCCAGGAUCCUGGCUGCAGCCCGCGGGGGAACGCCGAGGAGCCUAUCUUCCCCUCCCCUUCCCCACGCUGCUGGGGUCGCAGGGACUGAGUCUUCUGAUGAGGGGCGCGUGGAGGAGGUGGAGGAGGAGUGGCAGGUGCAGGGGAGGAGGCGGAAGAAGAGGAGGGGAGGCGGGAGAGGAGGAGGAAAAGGAGGGAAAGGGGACAGGCAUCCUAGCUAAGGGAGGAGGAGGCCAGGAGGGAGGCACAGCACUCCUGAGACCUGGAAGCCGCUGCCCCUUGCACCUCCGUGGGCCUCGCCUGCCACUUCUGCAGAUUCACAAGUGGACAGAGGACUAAAAUGACCAGGCUCUGCAGCCAGAAAACUGGCUGUGGGGUCCCAGACAUGCCACUGUGAUCCAACUUUUGUGGGGGUGGGGGGCAGGACAUCCCAGGAAGGGAGGCAGCUGGCUGGGGAGUCAGAAGACCAGAGUCUUGGGCCCCAAGCCAGCUGCUGGCUGCAGAAGAAAAGACAGGUGAGUGGCCAGGUGCACUCCUCAGAUCUGUGCACAGGAAGGAUCCCACUGGAGGGGCCAGAGCUGAGCACCUAACCCAGGCUGCAGGAAUCUGCCUCCAGGAGGGGAAGUGGGACAUCUCAGUGAAGAAUAAACGCCCCUGACACUCCAGAAUGAUGGCCCCUGAGCUGCGGAAAUCCCCUUGGCCUCCUUUCUCCGAUUUACCCUCAGGGUCAAUACCUCUGAGACCGGAAGACACGGAAAAUCCCUGACAACCGGGAAAAGGGGAGGAUGCAGGGAAAGGUGAGGCGGGGACGGUGUACCCAAGGGCUGCCCACCUGGGCAUCAUUUGGUGCUGAUAUAAGGACAGGCGCACCCAGAGAGAAGGAGCAUCCCAUCUGGGGAGGAAAGGAAGGGCUGGGAACAGCACCCCUCCAACAAGGCAGGAAAGGAGAAGGAGAGCCCCUCCAGCUGGGUGAAGGAUGCCAGGGAGGGGCUGAACCACGGCCUGCUGGGAAUCAUGGCCCUUCCUUUCCUCGGACAAUCUUGCGGUCUGGCACUGGAGCUGGUGCUGACAGGGACGCUGGCCAACAGAGUGGUAUUUUUCACCCAGGUGAUCUGAGCUGCUGGCAGGUAGGGGGUGGGAUGGGGGAGGUGGGUGGGGACUGGUGGUAGAGCAAUGCAGCCCAGAAGGGACUGAGCAUUUGCCCAUCCUUGCUGGCUUUCAAAAAAUAAACAGUAAAAAUAAAAGUCCCAUGA